AUGGAAUCUCAACUUUACUGGGAGCUGCAGCCACUGGGCGAAUCAACCUGUGGCAUUCAUGCUUUAAAUUUUAUACUACAGGGGCCAGUGUUUAGGCUGAGUGAGCUCGAACCGAUUGUCCGCCAAUGUAUUAACAUGGAACGGGAGUUUUUAAUUCAAGCAGGCCUGUCCCAGGCCGAGUGUGAUCAAAUGAUUUCUAGUGAAAGCAAUGGCAAUUUCGACUACACGGUCCUCGAAAAGGCCUUAGAAAAUAAAGGUUACUCCUGUACUAGGGUUUCAGGGGAUAAUUUAUCCGAAAAGCUUUUGGAACACAAAAAUGCCUUUUUAAUCAACGUAAACAACCACUGGAUUUCUUCAAGGCAUAUAGGAGAAAAGUGGUUACUGUGUGACAGUAAGAAGGACGAGCCCGAGGAGGUUGAUUUACUCGACUUUCUGAAAGACAGCGUAACCAACAAACAUUCUGUAUUUUUAGUAAAGGACAAAAUGGGAAAAUAUUUACCGUUAUUUCACAAAGAAAAUGCAAUACUUGCCUCAAAUCAAAAAUGUAGACCCUUGAAAUCAUAA